AUGUAUCCCUCGAAUCUCCUCCCCAACUCCCUUGUACAGCAGCAAUCCGCACAACAGUCACAGCAACCCUCAGACCACCCAAUGGUCCCAGGUAUUCACAAUGCCGAGCAGAGCAGGAUGUGGCAGCAGCUCAAGCAGUACCAUCGUUCUCAGGGUGGAGGUGACAUGAAUCAGUCUCAGGUCAAUCAGCAGAUGGCAGAGUUCGCUCGGAACCAGAUGCUUUCACGUCCUGACCAAUUUCCACAUCAAUUCAACAUGAACGCCGCCCGAAUGGGAGCCAAUCCGCCUUUCAACGACGGCCAAGGCAACAGCAACAACCCCAUGAUGCCCUCGUUUUCUAUGGGGAAUAAUUCUAUGCCCUCGGACAUCAAUACACGGAAUGCUAUGAUGCAAGCUCUUCAACACAAUCAGCAGAACAACGUCAAUCGCCAGAUGCAGCAGCUCAUGGGCGGUCAGAAUCACCAAGUAUCCCCAUCCCCGAAUCCCGUCGACCUCGCUCGCAUGGCUUCUCAGCAGCACGCACAAAUGGGGAAUGCUCAGCCUGGGUCCAGUCAAGCGAUGAACCCUCACAUGUUUUCAUCGCCGAACAUGCAUUCCUCUCCGCAUCCCACUGCCGCCCGGCCGACAGCACAGGUCAACACACCGCACGUAGGGAUGACUGGUCAGCAGCCUAUGCCCAAGCCUGGGCUGCAAGAUAUGAAUGACCGAAGACUCUUUCUACAACAAAACAUCGCAACGGUUGAGGGCAGUUUGCGCGCACUGAUGCACCAGCGGGGGCAGAUUCCUGAUAACACCUUCAACUCCAAGCUCCAGCAACUCCAAACAGAUCUCAAGCAGAAGAAGGAGCUUUUGCAUCGCUUCACGCAAUUCGUCAUGUCCUCUCAGCAGACGGCCGCAAACGGGUCGCACCCUGGCGCUAAUAACAUGAUGAAUGGCUCGUCUCAGCAGUCAUCCGUUCAGUCCGGGCAGAUGCCCAACGGACAGUCUCCGCAGGGUUGGAUGUCGCAGAACAUGCUGCAAAACUCAAAUAUGGGGAUGAACAUGAUGUCGAAUCAGCAGCAGCAAUCUGGCCAGCAGCAGAUGGCGCAUGGGAUGAAUGGUGUUAAUCAACAAGGCAACCAAAUUCUUCGCCAGAAUGCUAUGGCACAGCGGUCUGUUCAGCCGCAGCAGCAAGUACCAGGCAACAUGGGGAAUGUCGUCUCAAACGGUAAUGUCCAGAUGCCAACGCCAUCCAUCCCCACAAUGGCGGCUGGUAUGGAUAGUAUUCAGGUCCCUCCCCUUGAUCCCAUGAAGUUUGAGAUGAUGUAUCGCCAAUUCUGCGCCAAUCAGAAGCAGGAGUUUAAGUUAACAGUCCCAGUGAGCGACAGGUCUGUUGAGCUCCAUCAACUCCAUCGUCAGGUCAUGACAGCCAACGGCCUCGGUAAUUUCCCCGGAAACGAUCGUCAGCCUCCUCGCUGCGGUCCUAUGAUUGCUCAACAGCUGCGACAUAUCUACCAGGAGACCCUUCAUUCGUUCGAUCAGACGUACAGCCUCAGCUGGCGGAACAGGCUAAGGAACUUAAACAACGGAGCAGGCAGCUCUGGGAAUGCGCCAUAUACUCCACCUCAGCAGCCCAAUAUACCUGCUGUAAACGACAACCAAGCGAAUGCAAACCGAAUUCCGGAUAAUCGACAGCUCGCGAUGCUGGCCCUCAGAUUCGGUGCUUCUACAGCCGAGGACAUGCGCGCUCAAGGGGUUCCUCCACAUAUUAUUAACUUCGUGGAAACUAAACGCCCAUUAAUGACGUUCAUUCGGCAGCAGCAUGAACGUCGUAUGGCACAAGGCAGCGCUAACGGCGGCCUGGUACCCCCGCGAAACAUGGCCAACGGCCCUACCGGCGCUCCGAUGUCGACGCAAGCUGGACCAUCAGCUCCUGCUCGCCCUCCUAUGAACAAUGGUGUUCAACCUGGCCCUGUUAGUCUCCAUGAUGCUCAGGGAAUGGCGGCGAUUCAGCCCCCAUCUAUGGCUGGCAAGAUUGCUGCCACUCCUGCGCAAAGUAUGGGCAAAGCCAUGCAAUUCAUCACCAUGAUGAAGAACGCGUUGGCUCCUAAUUUGGCCAACAUGAACUCUGUCGGCGUGCCCGACGAACAGCGGCUUGAAUAUGGACAGGUGCUUGAGACUGUCUACAAGCUUUGCUUAGACCUUGAGCAUAAGCUAGCCAUGUUCUCCGUUUUGGUUCCCAACCACCAAACGAUAAAAAAACUGGUUGCUAUCGUUUUGACCGUGCAAAGGCAAAGAGCUGAGCUGUCCAAGUCUUCACCCAAGUAUAUAGUGAACCUCCAAACUCUCCGCGACAUGCAUGGCCAGGUCACUGAAGCCCUCAACAAGUUCCAAGAAGAGGCUCGUAAGAGCAGCGAGAGCGCUGCUCUCCGCGGCAUGCCUCAACCAGGCCCUUCUCAGCUGCUAACUCAGUCACAACCUGGGCCAUCGACGCAACCUAUGCCACCAACGAUACCCCCUGGUCCACCUCAGAUGGUUACACCACCAGUCAACCGAACGCCAUCAAUGAACAAUGCCCACCUGCCGCAGCACAAAAAUCAACAGCUUUCUAUAAGCGCUAGCCCGUCGCUGCGUAACGCACCUAUAUCUCAUCCCACUCCUCCCUCUACGACAGCUUCCACUGCAGCGACUCCAGCUGCGCAGGCUCCUACUCCCCAGGCCGGGCCAUCACCUCAAACACCCAAGUCUCCGAAAGGGAAGGCCGCCUCCAAGCCUGCUCCUAAACGUAUCCGUAGACCGUCUAAGGCAGCUCUGCCUCAGGUGGCCGAGCAUUCUACUGCUAGUGCUAGCCUCAAGCGAGUACGUGAAGAAGAUUCGCAUGCCAAUGAGAGCUCAGGUACUGCGCCUUCGUCUUCCGCCCAGCCAAGUAGCGCCCCUUCACCGAAGAAGUUGAAGACUGAAUGGGAAGGUCCGCCCGAUGACGCCUUGCUCAAGAGGAAGCAGGACAUCGAAAACGUCAACUCCGAGGAAGAUGCGUCAGCAUUCUUGGAAAAGAUGUCUGAGCUCAUCCGGCUCACUGCAGGUUCCGACCCUGGCAUCAACAACGAUAUUGCGCAAACUCUCGACCAGAUUUUGCGUGGCGUCGGCCAAGAUCCUUCGGAUAACGCAAUUUCCGGCUCGGCAUUACAAUCUCGCCCUAUUGACAAUAUGGGCGAGCCCAUGUCCCCUUCGCAGGUGGCUGCGAAUGAGGAGUAUUUAGAGUUCCUCGACCUUUCCUCUUUCGCCACCGGUGAGGAGGAGGACAGCGCAUCAAAACCACCGACGCCUGAGCUGGUGUCGUCUUCGUCAACAAAUCCUAGCCCGGAGUCCUCCGAUGCCGAUCCUGCCACAGCUGCAACAUCGAUGUUAGACAAGACAAAGGUCGAGGAGUUCGAUGCAUCCAUUGACCUUUUCAACCUAGGACCCUUGAAAGAUAUCGACGGUGGGGAGUCAGCGUACUAUCAAGCAGACAAUUGGAAGUGGGAUGGAUCGAUGACCACGAUCGAGCAGCCCUGGGCUAUCUUCACAUCCACGUAG